AUGGAUAGCUGGAUUAAGGAGGGAAUUUUUUUCUUGUUGGUGGUAUUAUGUAAAGCCGCAGUUUUACCACCACCAUGGGCAGAUGUUCAAAGUAACCCAUGUGCUGCACAUCCUCGGGGCUGGUUGAUGUUAUAUUGGCCUAGUGACGGAAAAUGCUACACGAUUUAUAAGAAAGGACACCCAUGUCCCGACACUCAAGAACUAAGUCCAGGUAGACGUGGGGCAAUGACAGUUGCCGAAUGCAAGUGCCCCCCUGGUACUGCCCAAUUGCCCCACUCUACAACUUGUCACAAGCUGUUUGAGAGGGGACCCUGUAGGACUGGCGAGUACUUUGCCCCAGUGGAGGAAUCCUUCAAAAAGAGAGGUGAACGUCAAGGCAUCUGCGUAAGGCCGAAGCAAUGCGCUGACGAGACCUUGGUCUACUGGCCACCGGAUGACCACUGUUACUAUAGGAUGACUCAGGGGCCAUGCUUUUUAGGCUCUAUUCUACAAGUUGGGAAGGAUGGCCUUGCGAACUGUACCUGUACCAAAGACAGUUCUAAUUACUGGGCUCCAGAUGACAGCUGUUACGCGCACUACUCUCGCGGUCCAUGCGAGACGGGCCAGCUUUUUCUUCCUGGGUCGAAGUGUGGUUGCGCAUCCCAUCUUCCACAUUAUCAUAAUGACACUGAGGGAUGUUAUGAAUUAGAUUCCGCCGGACCAUGUCCCAAAGGCCAUACGUUUUCGAUAACGGAAGUGUCCUCUAAAGGCUCCCGUGCCGAGUGCAAAUGCAAAUCGUUUCAUGCGCGUGCGUCGGACGGGGCCUGCUACAGGAUGUACACGAGGGGACCGUGUGCUCAGGACGAGAUGAUUAUGAGAGAUGGACGCUGUACUAAGGUGCCAUGUGCCCGAGGUCGUCUUUAUUCUCCAAAGCGCCGUCGCUGCUAUCGGCCUGGGGCAACAGAACCGUGUCCGAUAGGCGAAGUCCUGUCUUUCGACUUUGAGGCUCGACCAGCAGUAGAUGGACUGAGUCAUAACGGGGUCUGCGCUUGUGGACCUGGGAGUAUGUGCCUUCGGAAGAAGGUGAUAACGUGUUUAUCGAAGCCCGGAGCAGCGAUAUAUGGAAACACUUGCCAUAUUUUACAUACACAGGGUCCUUGUUCGGAGGGAGCUUGGCUCGUUAGAGAUAACACUGGGAGUGUCAAAUGUCAAUGUCGUCCUGACACUUAUUGCACAGAACUGUCCAGCUGA